UGAUUAAUUAAAAUAGAAGAAUAUUUUAACCUAUCUACGUGAAAUAUUUAAUAAUGUUGAAACGAAUUACAAAAACGGCUUAUACUAAUGUUAGAAAAUUAUGUAUUACGACAACAACUCAACAACAAAUUCAGGAAGAAAUCGUGAAACAAGAACCAAUGAGUGUUCAAGUACUGAAACACCCAGAUUACUUCAAUGUACACAACUUAUUUACUGUAAAAGAUUUAUUCGACGCCCGAGUACAUUUUGGACACAAAGAAGGAUCUUUAGACGAGAGAAUGAUUCCUUACAUAUACGGCAGUAGAUUGGGUCAUAUAAUUUUCGAUUUAGAUCAAACCGCGGAAUAUUUGAGAAAAGCUCUAAAUAUAUCAGCGCAUGUAGCCUACAGGGAUGGAAUUAUAUUGUUCUUCCAACGUGGUGCUCAACACGUACAUUUAGUCGAAAAAACCGCCAUUGAAUGUGGAGAAUUCGCUCACACGAGGUUUUGGAGAGGCGGCAUAUUUACGAAUUCCACCAAACAGUUCGGUUCGAUUACUAGAUUACCGGAUCUGUGUAUAUUUUUCAACACUCUUAAUAACGUAUUAAUUCAACAUACGGCCAUUAGGGAUUCGGCAAAAAUGUUGAUCGCAACUAUUGGUAUCGUCGAUUCAAAUUGUAAUCCCAAUCUUGUAACUUACCCCGUACCAGGAAACGAUGAUUCCACUGCUUCUAUCGAGCUUUAUUGUAAGUUAUUCAAGAACGCCAUUCUGAGAGGUAAACAGAAAAGAAAAGAACACUUAGAACAAAAUAUUUAUUAAGU